UCGCUGUCGAAAAGAUCUCGGGGAGCGAUUUCUUUUGGGCUCAUCUGCAGCGUCUCGUACCUGAGACGAAGCCCUAACCCUAAAUUCUCGGUGCUGAUUCAACCGUCUUUUCAGCCUGUUGUUUCUCCGGCGAAGUUGAGAGCUGAUUAGGCAGCUGUUGGCUAACAUUUGUGAUUUGGUUCGACGAGCUGAAACCAGAAAGAUAUCAGCUUUUGCUAGUUUAUAUCUGCUUCCUGUAUUGUUUGCUUUUUGUUGUUUCGAUCCAUUUGUGUGAGGGAGGUGGGAAAGAGUUCGUCGUGAUCAGAAAAUAUUUGAUGUGAUAAAGGUGGAAGAAGGGGGACAAGAGGAGGGGGAAUAACAGAAUACUGGAAGGAAAAAUUGUUUAAUGACAGCGUAUCUUAAAAUAUCAAGGUUUAUUAUUUAGUUGCUUCGGGAAGAGAAAGUUGUGAGAAUAUUUCCCUAGCUACAUACACUGCACGAGAGGUGUGGCAGAUAUCAUCAGUUGACGAGCACUUCCUCUGUUUCUUCCUCGACUCUCUCUUUCUCGUCCGUCUUCUUCUAAUCGAUUCCUCUGUUUUGGUCCAUCGUGCUUCUCUACACUGACCAAGUUGUCUUUUUGGGGAAAAAAAAUCUAAUUUGUGGAAGGGGGAAAGGGGUUCUGCUUGUUUCAUUGCUUCCAUCUUUUGCUAUUGGAGUUUGUGAGAUUUCCCUUCUUUUGAGAAGCCUUUCGCCCACGCUCUGUAAUCCUCGCUUUCCUAUUUUAUUCUAUCUUUUUUCUCAUCUCGCACACAGGCCAAUGCGGCUGGGAACAACAAGAGUGGGGAAGAGAGGAAGGUGAACAACACAUAUAUUAAUAAAUAACAGAAGAAUUAGUGGGAAUUGGCGUUGAGAGUUCUUGGGCCAUGGGAACGGAGAUGCCUGUGGCGAGGCAACGAUGGUGGCAGACAUGGACGGCAUGGAUUUUGUGGAUGCUGCUGAUGGUGUCUGUUUGGGUGGCAAUUCAUUGGUACAAUCUAGAAUCGACCAUGAGGACGGCUGAGGAGGCCUUGGUCAAUAUGUGCGAUGAGAGGGCGAGAAUGCUUCAGGACCAGUUCGCUGUCAGUGUUAACCAUGUCCACGCCCUAGCUGUUCUCAUCUCCACCUUCCAUUACCAGAAGAAUCCGAGCGCCAUGGAUCAAGAUACAUUUGCAUUUUACACUGGAAUGACUGCAUUUGAGCGGCCACUUCUGAGUGGUGUGGCAUAUGCACAGCGAGUCCUUCAUUCUGAUAGAGGAAAUUUUGAGAGUCAACAAGGUUGGACCAUCAAGACCAUGAAACGGGAACCUUCACCUGAGCAAGAUGAAUAUGCACCUGUUAUUUUUUCCCAGGAAACUGUUUCAUAUCUUGAGGUCCUGGACAUGAUGUCUGGAGAGGAAGAUCGCGAGAAUAUCUUGAGGGCUAGAGCUACUGGCAAAGCUGUUCUUACAAACCCUUUUAGGUUACUGGAGUCGAAUCAUCUUGGUGUAGUUCUCACAUUUCCCGUCUAUCGAAUGGGAAUUCCUGCAGAUGCAACCAUUGAAGAUCGUGUAGAAGCUACAGCUGGAUAUCUUGGUGGAGCUUUUGAUGUUGAGUCACUUGUGGAAAAUUUGUUGAAGAAACUUGCUGGUAAUCAGGAUAUAGUAGUAAAUGUGCAUGAUGUUACCAAUAUUUCUGAUCCCUUGAUUAUGUAUGGAGCCCAAAAUUCAGAAGGUUAUAAACCGUUGUCUCGUGUGAGUAUGCUAGAUUUUGGCGAUCCAUUCAGAAAGCACCAAAUGGUGUGCCGUUAUAGCCAGAAGCCUCCCAUCCCAUGGUCAGCAAUCACCUCCCCUUCUGGUAUGGUUGUGAUCUUAAUGUUAGUAGCCUAUAUAUUGUAUGCUGCUCAGAAGCGCUAUGUUAUGGUUAUGGAGGAUUGUCGAAAGAUGGAAGAGCUUAAAGUUCAAGCUGAAGCCGCUGAUGUAGCAAAGUCUCAGUUUCUUGCAACUGUUUCUCAUGAGAUCAGAACACCCAUGAAUGGUGUCCUUGGUAUGUUGGAUAUGCUUUUAGAUACGGAUUUGAAUUUAACUCAAAAAGAUUAUGCCCAAACUGCUCAAGUGUGUGGGAAAGCAUUAAUAGCAUUGAUCAAUGAGGUUCUUGAUCGGGCGAAAAUUGAAGCUGGCAAGUUAGAGAUUGAAUCCGUACCAUUUGACCUACGCUCCAUUCUUGACGAUGUCCUCUCUUUGUUUUCUGCAAAAUCGAGGGAGAAGGGAAUUGAGCUUGCUGCAUUUGUCUCGGAUAAUGUUCCUCAAGUCCUAACUGGUGAUCCAGGGAGAUUUCGGCAAAUAAUUACAAAUCUUGUUGGAAAUUCAGUAAAGUUUACAGAUCGUGGUCACAUAUUCAUCCAAGUUCAUUUGGCUGAGCAUCCUAAUAUGCCAAUUGAGGGCAUGGUGUGCCCCAGCACAAAUGGAAAGGUAGAUGAACUUGAGGUAAUGUCCGGUGGCACAGCAUUCAAUACUUUAAGUGGAUAUAAAGCAGCUGAUAAUAGGAACAGCUGGGAGAAUUUCAAGCUAUUACUUUCAAAUGAAGCAUCUCUUGCUGCAGUCUCUCUGAAUGGACGGCCAUGCGAAAAGAAUCCUGAAAGUGUUACUUUGAUUGUAAGUGUAGAGGAUACUGGGAUAGGAAUCCCAUUACAUGCCCAAGAACGUGUUUUCACUCCUUUCAUGCAGGCCGACAGCUCAACAUCCAGAAAUUAUGGUGGAACUGGUAUUGGCUUAAGCAUAAGUAAAUGCCUAGUUGAACUAAUGGGUGGACGAAUCAAUUUCAUAAGCAAACCCAAUGUUGGAAGUACAUUUACCUUUUCUGCUGUCCUCCAACGAUGUACUGUAAAUGCAGGAGGUGAUCCAAAGAGAUCUCUAUCAGAGGAUUUACCUACCUGUUUCAAAGGAAUCAAAGCACUUUUAGUUGAUGAAAGGUCUGUCAGAAGUGCUGUGACAAAGUAUCAUCUCCAUAGACUUGGCAUUAGUGUUGAAAUUGCAAAAAAUACCAAGAUGGCUCUUAGUACUUUAAAUCGACAAAAUGGUUGCUCGAGGAACGGGAAAUUGCCGAAGGUUUUGUUUAUUGAAAAAGAUUCUUGGAACAAUAGUGAUGUUUGCUUGCUUAACCAUUUUCUUGAGCGGAAGCAAGCAGACCAUAUACAUGAAGUGCCUAAGGUGAUUCUUUUGGGAAUCUCUGAAUGUGAUAAAGCAAAGGGUGAAUCUCUUGUGGAUAUUGUCUUUGUAAAGCCUCUAAGAGCUAGCACAGUGGCAGUAUGCCUUCAGCAAGUACUUGGAAUGGAUAACCAGCCGAGAAAAGAAUUACCUAAGGGUGCUGUUUUCCUUCGCAGCCUCCUAACGGGGAAGAAUAUAUUAGUGGUUGAUGAUAAUAAGGUAAAUCUUAGAGUGGCUGCCGCCGCUCUAAAAAAAUACGGAGCUAAAGUUGAGUGCGCUGAAAGCGGUAAAGAAGCUCUUUCACUACUUCCAUUGUCUCACGAAUUCGAUGCCUGUUUCAUGGAUGUCCAGAUGCCAGAGAUGGAUGGAUUCGAGGCGACCCGGCAAAUUCGAUUGAUGGAAAAUGAAGCCAAUGAGCUAGCCAAAUUGCGACGAGUACAGUCCAAUGACUCUGAUAUAGUGCCUUCUCAGUGGCACCUGCCAAUUCUAGCCAUGACGGCUGAUGUCAUUCAGGCAACUUAUGAAGAGUGUAUGAAAUGUGGAAUGGAUGGUUAUGUUUCCAAACCCUUUGAUGAAGAGCAAUUAUAUCAAGCUGUAGCCAAGUUUGUGGCCUCAAAACCUUUGCAAGGCUCUUGAUUAACGGCUAUAUUUGAAUAGCACUUCCAGCUUCAAGUUGCUCAGCCACUUCCAUCCCAGAUAUCAAAAUAUGUCAAUCUGGAGAAGAAGAAAAGAAUCCUUAUUUUCCUGCACGGCAAAUUGGUCAAGAGUUUUCUCCAGUUUCUACAAGGAGAGCAGGAAGAUUGGCUGGAACCAGUGUAAAUUUAACGCUAGUUUGAGCAGGUGGUGCACUGUACAUGUUGUGUUAGUUUAUUCUUAUUCUUCUUCUUCUUCCUGUUGUGCUGGUCUGGUGUAUAUUGUAAAUUUUACUCUAUUGGUAAACGUUAUCCAUUCUUGGGAAAGUAGAUUAGUAAAAUGUUGCAGGUUUUUGUGGAGCCAUCAACUAGUUCUCUUAAUAUGAGUUUUCUUGUUUAAUUACCUCCAGAUUUCUUCUUCCAGUCCUUGUAAAUCCUUACAAUAUGUUCAUUUCUUAGGGUAAUAUACAUUAUAAUUUGCAGAGAUUACUGAGGAUA